AUGUUCGAGGAGCACGAGCAAUUGCGUUGUGCGGCAACCGAGUGCUUCGCCAACUUGGCUCUACACCACGCCACCGUGGUGGGUUGUGGAGGCACCCUGCCCCUCGAGGAGUACGCCUCGAUGGGUAAAAACAUUGUCACCGCAUCUGGCAGCGAGCGCGUCAAGCUGCUGAUGCUCUUCUGCCUCAAUUCCGACGAUGUCUUU